UCAGUGGCAAAGAUGAUUUUCUUUUUUCAUAUGCUUAAUUUAGUAACCUGACCAGAACAAGGAGAGACGGUACGAAUCCAGACAAUGAAAGAUUUUGAUCGAAUAGGACAGCUUACAGGCAUCUGUGCAGAACCGAGAUCUUAGUGAGUUCCGAAGGAGUGAAGUAUAGGAGGAAUCGCAAGCAUAUUCUUGUACCAGAACCAUCAUCAUUGCAAUCACAACAUUGUAUCUGUGAUGCAAACUGUAAAGAAAGGAGUGAGUCACUGUUUAUAGACCAGAAUGUGUUCAAAAGUCUGAUUCUUUUCCUGAAAGUCAAUCCACAGGAUUUUUGACAAACACUAUGAGAAUGUUACAGAAACUAUGCAUCUUUACUUUUCUUCAGAUUUCAAUUAUUGUGUGGACAAUCAGUUUUAGAUAUGACUGCAUUUCCCUGCAUUAUCAGAAGUUAUGCCACCAAAUUGGAACAGAAACUAACAAUUCCACGCACCAUCAUAAAUCAAGUAGCCAUGUUAGAAAAGAAAUCGGCAAAGUCCAUGUUCUCAUUGUAUCAUCCUGGAGAUCGGGUUCCUCACUACUUGGUGAACUCUUCAGCAUAAACCCCAAUGUGUUUUAUUUAAUGGAACCAGGAUGGCAUGUCUGGACAAACUUUCCACAAAACAAUGCAGAUUCACUGCAACUUGCCAUGCAUGAGCUUGUGAGGUCAGUUUUCCUGUGUGACAUAUCUGCUUUCAAUUCCUACUUGUCACAUGAGAAAAGGCAAAGCCAAGAUCUCUUUGGUUGGCAGCACAGCCGUGCACUUUGUACUCGCCCUGCAUGUGAUGCAUUCAAUAAAACUGACAUUGUCAGUGAAAAAGAAUGCAUUAAGGCUUGUGGAAGAUAUCCGUUAAAAAAAGUUGAAGAUACCUGUCAAAUAUACAGCCAUAUUGUUCAGAAAGAAGUUAGAUUUUUAAGCUUGGUGCCAAUAUUUAACCUAUUGAGGGAUCCUUCUUUAAAUAUCAGGAUAAUACAUUUAGUCCGUGACCCCAGAGCUGUAUUCAACUCCCGUUUCAAAGCAAGUGGUGCUUUAGUAGCUGAUGACAAGAUCAUAUACAACAAUAUCAUGAUGAGUCAUUCAAAAUGGAAAAUUAUGGAUAAAAAAUACAGACUGAUGGAGGAAAUCUGUAAAGUUCAGGUAAACAUUUAUAGAAUGGCAAUACAAGAAGAAGAAAGGGUCAUAAAAGGUCGCUACAAGAUGGUACGCUUUGAAGAUCUGACAAAAAAUGUCUUGAAAGUUAUGAAAGAUUUGUAUAAAUUUGCAAAUCUAUCUUUAAUGCCCAACCUUCAGGACUGGAUGUAUAAUAUUACUCAUGGUACAGAUGACGGAAGCAAAAUGGGAUCCUUUCAAGUAUCGUCCCGUGAUUCAUUGGCUGUAUCUGAGGCAUGGAAGAAACAACUUCCAAACUACAGCAUUCGAAAAAUUCAGACUCUUUGUCAAGAAGCCCUUAAUGUUUUUGGCUAUGAUUUUCAUAAAAUCUAAGACAAGCUGAGUAGUAAUAGCUUAAUGCCUGUAGUUAAGGAUUUCAUCAGUGUCUGCUUCCCCAUAAGUAUCUUGUUAGAUGCUGUAAAGAAAAUUUUUCUAGUGCUUGUACACUGUUUUUACAUGUUAAACAUCAAGAGGUGGGAAGAAAAACUUGGUAAAAAAAUUAAUGAAAAUUCCUUGGACAAAUUAUAAUUUAAUGUUAGUAAUUCCAUGUCAUAAUAUGGAUAGUGUUUACACAAAUAAUAAUGCCAGACAAGCAGGGCAUUAUUUGGAAAUAAAACAUUACCUAGAAGGUAUUGUGUGGCUCGAAGCCAAGGCAGAGGACUCCUCCACCCAUGGAAGAUCCAUUACGUCUCCUGUAACGCCCACCCUCUAUUGAUUUAUUGUGCUUAGAAAUUGGGCUAGCUAAUAAAUUAGUUGGUGCUUGUUUUAUUA